AUGUGUACCGACAAAGACCGCCCUCCCUGUGAACACGACGACCUGAUCGGCAAGGUCGACCGCUUGCAAGGCCAGGUCGCGCGUCUGACGACGACGAUCAAGGAGCUUCGCAAGCAGCUCGCCGCAGCCCAGCGAGCGGGCAAGCGCCAGGCAGCGCCAUUCUCCAAGGGCGAGCGGGUCUCAAAGCCGAGGCGUCCGGGUCGAAAGCCGGGUACGGGGAACUUCAGCUACCGAAAGCCGCCGGCGGUGGACGAACUGACAGCACCGCCUGUUGACGUUGCGGUUUCAGCGGAAAGCUGCCCCGGAUGUGGAGGCAUACUCGAACAUGAGGGAGAGAGCCUUGCGUACGUGACCGACAUUCCCCCGAUGCCCAGACCGCAGGUGACAGAGUACCGGGUGCAGGUAUGCCGAUGCGUGUCGUGCGGCAGGCGUGUGCGAGGGCGUCAUCGGGACGUUGGACCUGACCAGUACGGUGCGAGCGCCCAUCGGGUGGGAAGACGAGUGAUGGCUGCGGCUCACAUGCUCCACUAUGGAGUGGGCAUACCGGUGCGGAGGGUUCCCGUCGUGCUCAGAGCGCUGACCGGAGUUGAGUUGAGCCAGAGCGCGAUCACGCAGGACGCUCUGCGACGAGCGAGGGGCGCUGUGGGAGAUGCGUACCAGAGGCUUCGGGAGUCUGUGCGUGAGAGCGCGGUGGUCCACACUGACGACACAGGCUGGCGAGUUGGCGGAGAGGGUGCCUUUCUGAUGGCGUUCGAGACCGAUGAUGCCACUGUGUACCAGGUGCGCGGUCGUCACCGCAACGAGGAGGUCAGGGAGGUUGUUCCGGGCGACUAUGCGGGAGUGAUGGUGACCGACCGAGCUCGAAGCUACGAUGCGCGGGCUCUGUCGGGAGUGAGACAGCAGAAGUGUCUGGCUCACGUGCUGCGCUCGAUCAGUGAGGUGGUCCAGACCAAGGUGGGCAGAGGGCGCAGCUUCGGUAAGCGGCUGAGCGAGCUUCUCAGAGAGGCGAUGGAACUGCGUGAGUCAGAACGUCGUGGAGAGAUGGCGGACUAUGCUGGGGAGAAGGAGCGGUUGAGACGAGAGGUGAGCCAUCAUCUCAGAGACCGUCCGAUGCCUGAUCGCGACAACUUGAGGUUGCAGAACGAGCUUGGCUGGCAGGACGAUCGUGGGAAUCUGCUGCGUUUUCUGGACGGUGCUGGGAUAGAGCCGACGAACAACAGAGCGGAGCGGGCGCUGCGUGGAGCUGUGAUAGCGAGGAAGGUCUCGCACUGCUCCAGGAAUGAAGCUGGUGCGGAUGCGUUCAGUGCGUUCACCAGUGUAAUCAGGACCCUGUAUAGGAAUGGUGGUGGUCAGCCGGUGGUGGAUGGUCUGUGCGGUGUGUUCAGCGCCGAGCCUGUCCACGCCCGCUCAAUCUGA